AUGUUUCUGCUUAUUGUUCAUAUCUAUCUAUCUAUCUAUCUAUCUAUCUAUCUAUCUAUCUAUCUAUCUACUUGCUUUGUUCAUAUCUAUCUAUCUAUCUAUCUAUCUAUCUAUCUAUCUAUUGUUUAUCAUUUUGCUUCUCACUACUUUUUAUCAUUCUUUUCUUCUUCCUUCUUAAGACAUCCCCCCUCUCUCUCUCUUUUCAUGCUGUUGUUCUCUUAUUUUCUAAUUGUUUCUCUUUUUCCUGGUCUCUUUGUACUCACGCAAUGUUUACUUCCAUCUCUCUCUCUCUCUCUCUCUCUCUCUCUCUCUCUCUCUUUCGUUCUAUCCUCGGUGUUUUGUUCCUCUUUUUCUUCUUUUUUCCUUCUCCCUCUUUGCUCAUAUAAUGUUUAUUUCUCUACUCCUCCUCCUUUGUUCUAUGUCCCUUUUCUCGUGUUCUCUUCCACCCUCUCUUUUUACUCACAUAAUAUUUAUUUGCCUCUCACUCACCUUCUCUCUCUCUCUCUCUCUCUCUCUCUCUUCUUUUCACCGUUUUUUUAUCUCUCUUCUUUUAUUUUUUUUCCUCUUUUUUUUCUCACGCUUUACUCAAAUAAUAAUAAUUCACUUCGUCUCUCUCUCUCUCUCUCUUCUUUGCAAUAUUUUACUCCUCUCUCCGAGACCGAUGCAAACAUGAUACGCCACGCAUGCGCUGUGGUAAUAAAACGCCCGUGUGACGCCGGUGCGAUGAGAACAGUGAUAACGGAUGUAUUUUCAAUGUAG